AGCUCGCGCGCCCUUUUGACAGAAAAGGUGGAUGGCAAAAGAAAAAAAAAAGGGCUUUCCGCCCGUGGAACCUCGGCGCGCGCGUAUCCGUUUCGAAGUAGCCUGCGGAGGAGUAGCGUGAGGAUCGAGGAAGCUCGUAGCCGCAAUGGUGAUAGAUUCCUAGCGUCAUGUCGCAUCAGCUGGUAGCACCAAGCAUCCUGAGGUCGUGUGCUAAGGUUGCAUUGUAGAAAGCCUUGGUCCGCGUACAUAAUGAAGGCCGUGCCGCGUUUUCUGCGACUGGGCGACCAGCCGAAGGAUCUACUCCGUGCUACGACUCUUCCUUUUUCUCUUCUUUUCUAGAAAAGUUGCGGGCGGCCAUUGCGUUGUGCCUCUGCCCAAACUUGUCUCUUGAUAUAAUUGUAUACGCGGUCGUUCUUUGCAAUCGCUGCAAUGGGUUCCCCGUCAGACGACGGCAAGACGGCGCCGACCCGAGAUGCCGUCGAGACUCAGAGCAUUUCCACUGGCAGUGAUGAAGAUGUCAUUCCCAAGGGUGCCCUCGAUCCUGUAUACGAGGCAAAGGCCAAAGUGCUGAAUCACGCUAUUCAAGACAUUGGCAUGGGAUGGUAUCAAUGGCAGCUCUUCUUCGUCGUCGGCUUUGGUUGGGCUUCCGAUAACCUCUGGCCAAUCGUCACAUCCCUCAUCUUUACACCCAUCAACAAUGAGUUUUCCCCCAACCGCCCGCCGCUCCUGACUCUGGCCCAAAACAUUGGUCUUUUGGCCGGUGCCGUCUUCUGGGGCUUCGGAUGCGACAUCUUCGGUCGGAAAAUCGCCUUCAACUUCACUCUCGGCUUGACUGCGCUCUGGGGAAUGGUGGCUGCUGGUGCUCCCAACUUUGCAGCCAUUGGCAUCUUCGACUGCUUCUGGUCCUUUGGUGUUGGUGGCAAUCUGCCCGUCGACUCGGCCAUCUUUCUCGAAUUUUUGCCCGCGACUCACCAAUACCUGUUGACUAUCCUGUCUGUGGACUGGGCAAUUGCUCAAGUCGUUGCCAACUUGAUUGCUUGGCCUCUUCUGGGUAACUUGACUUGCGCUCAGGACGAGAAGCCAUGUCUCAAGCACAACAAUAUGGGCUGGCGAUACUUCCUCAUUACCAUGGGUGGAAUCACGCUUCUCAUGUUCUUGGCUCGAUUCUUGCUCUUCUCCCUUUACGAGUCGCCCAAGUACCUCAUGGGCAAGGGCCUAGAUGAGGAGGCCGUCCGAGUAGUUCACGAGGUUGCCAAGCGCAACGGUAAGACGAGCUCGCUCACAAUCGAAGACCUCAAGGCUUGCGAACCCGAAGGCUAUGUAUUCCAGGCAGAUAUUUCUACCGCUGUCAAGAGAACCCUAGUUCAAAAGAUUGACACUACGCAUGUUAAAGCCUUGUUCUCAACCUUCAAGCUCGGCUUGUCGACCAGCCUCAUCGCUGCUAUUUGGGCGCUCAUCGGUCUCGGUUUCCCUCUUUACAACGCCUUUCUGCCAUUCAUUCAGGCCAACAAGGGUGUUGACUUUGGUGAUGGAAGCACAUAUCUCACUUACCGUAACAGUUUGAUCAUUGCUGUACUUGGUGUUCCCGGAGCUUUGAUCGGAGGUCUGCUUGUCGAGCUCCCUCGAAUUGGCCGCAAGGGAACGCUCGCUCUUUCUGCUGCUCUGACUGGUGUCUUCCUGUACUGCUCCACGACCGCCAAGAGCAGUGAAUCUCUUCUUGGAUGGAACUGUGCCUACAACUUCUGCAGCAACGUCAUGUAUGCUGUGCUCUAUGGUUACACCCCUGAGAUCUUCCCUACUCCUCAGCGCGGUACUGGCAAUGCCAUUGCUGCUACUGCUAACCGAAUUUUCGGUAUCAUGGCUCCUAUCAUCGCCAUGUUUGCCAACCUCGAGACAUCCGCGCCCGUAUAUACAAGCGGCGCCUUGUUUAUCGCUGCCGGUGUUCUUACCCUUUUCCUGCCAUUCGAAUCACGCGGAAAGGCAGCACUGUAAGGGGUCUAGAGAGCCAAUUAAUUCGUUUGUAUAUAGAACAAAGGAGGAUGGUGUGGUAUUGGGAGCGAAGUUGCAAAAGAGUAAUGAUAGUGUGAUACCCAAGGUAGUUUCUAUUCAAUGGAUAGUGACGGUUCAUUUGGCAUAAUUUCAGCAACAGUGA